GCAACCCAAUUUAUUUCUUACACAAAGCUUUUGAAAAUUUUACUGCUUACAGAGGUCCCUAUAAAAUCCUUAAGUCCAGAGUUUCCCCUACACUGGAAUUGGUUGAGACCAUCUUGCAACAUCAUCUUGUUUUUGUCUAGGAAUGCACUUUUUUAAAUAUUAAACUAGGAAGUUUCUGUUUUCCCAAAUUUAACCUUACCAUCAUUGUUAGCAUCCAUAGAGACCUCAACCUGGAGAAUUUCGUAGUCACAAGACCUUUCUAGAUGCCUAGGUCAUUUUGUCGAGCACCUUGGGUGCGUGACCAGAAUUGACAUGGUUUGAAGAUUGCAUUGGAGACUCUCCUUCUAUGCCCAACUAACAUGUCUAGCAGACCCCUAGUAAACCUAUUAGCCACCCUAUGGAGUCUUAGCUCUAACCUAAGUCCCUGGCUGGUAGUAGCAUUUCGUCGAACGGUUGGCGUGCAUUCUCUGGGCACGAGCAGAGCGCACGUAUUGCAGCAGCUGCAACCGAGCCACCGCGUCCUCCUAGCCCGCCCUUUUGGCCCUUGCUCACCGCGUAGAGUCGCGCUCCGUCCCUUCCCUCUCGCCAAAGUCAAUCGGCCUCCUCCUGGAGCAGCACGGCCUUGCCGGCCAUCGAGGCCAGCAGCGUGUGCUGCGGCAAUGGCAAUGCAGCUCUGUCUUCUGCCAUGGCCAGCACCGCCCAUUUGCUCCCCGGGCGCCACCUGCCCUGGACCCCCAAUUUGCGACAUACCAUUACUGCCCAGCUCCGUUGCCGCCUCUGCUGCCCUCUACCGUCUCCAGGAAGUGUCGCCAUCGUUCUUAUCCGAGACCGCCGCGGGAACUGACACUCCACGGCUAUAAAUGGAGCCCCCAAAGCGUCAUUGCAGACCACAAGUACCCUAGAGACCGUAGCAAGGCUUCCCUAGCCCGAAUUUGACCGAUUGGCAUCAUCUUCCCUGGUUCCGAAGAGCUUCGUCCGUCGCAGUCCCGGUCGAAUUCGACCAAGGCAGGGCUCUUCUCGCCUCUUCCGCGCCACCAUCCGCCUUGCCCCGACCUCGUGGAGACACCCCCACCUUCCAGCCUCGACCAGGAGCCACCUAGCCAAGAUGUCCCUUCUGCCUAAAGCCGUCGCCGCCUCGCAGCUUGCCGCCGGCGAUUCCUUCCACCCCUCUGGUCACGGUGACCACCUGGAGGACCAGCCCGAAGGGAUGGAUCCAUUCACGCCCUCGGAAGAACCCAAGGAGGUGUCGUCCGCCAGCGAGGACCGCGGGAGCCAUGCCUUCCCAUCGGAUGGAGGAGGAAGACGACAGGUUGACCGUAGUCAAACCUGCAGGUUAUGGAGAGAGGAGCAAAAACUACAAAAGUUUUGGAGUGCAGCCUACCUCUCUACACUUGGAAGGAUUGAAAUGCAUCGGGCAGCAGUCACAUCUUCCAACCACACAUGUCUACCGAAUAGGAUCCGAUAAGAGUUGGUGUGUUGUGGAGACACGACCUUGGGACUGACAUCUCGUGGGAUGAGAGUGGUCAACGGGGCAUGUUGGGGUACGAGAGGUAGUGACUCUGUCUGAGGUAAUAAAACAUUUUGAUUGUGCUAAUCAUGGAGGGAAUAAUUUAAACCUCCCGAGUUGACCGCAGAUCGAGUCUUGUCAGUGUGUCACCUUAACCCUUCAUGCUGCCACAGGUCUUCUGAAAGGGAAUAUUGUUUAGUAGGUCGUAAACCUAUUACAGGGUACACACCAAGGAAAGAGGCCGGUAUGAAGGUAUCCGGGGCACUGGACUAAAUCCAGUCAUCUGACCAGGGGGCAUGGGUGUUUCCAGUCUCGGACCGAGAGGAGAAGAGCUCUCCCCUUGUAGCGCGCAAUAUAAAUUUGAUCCCAUGCUAGUCGAGGUUGGAGCCUCCCCGUCUUAUGAUUCUUCUCUGGCAGCGUAGUCCGAGUGAUAUCGGUCCUCGCGGGAGAAAAAUGGAUGUGUAAUGGUUUUGAGUGUUUACUUCUAAAAUACCGUACGCAGGGUUAGUCUGAGUGACUAUCAAAAACCGCAGGUUGUGGGUAAAGAGUACACCCUCUGCAGAGUCAAAACUAUUCGAGUAGCCGUGUCAACGGUCA